AGUUCGUUUACUACGUUGGAAUAACAAACGAAUGUACAGGUGUUGGAUGCUAUUUGGGCAGCGAAGAUUAGAUUAGGAGUUGUGCUGGGAUCUUAUUGAUUUCAACAAAUUUUUGAGUGUCAAUCUUUUCUGUUUGGAGUGUGGAGAUUGACAGGUUACCCUGGUUACGCGGUUGCCAUGCCACCGAAAUUUGCGAGAAGGCCGAAUGAUCCAGAGAAAAGAGAACUACUAACACUACAGACAUCGUCAGAUGAAGAAGGCAUGAGUGGGCACGGUAGGUCAGUACCGCCUCGACGUGGUGACAGAGCAGUGAAGAAAGUACAACAGCAAUUAGACGACGUCGUUGACAUAAUGCACAAGAACAUUGAGAGAGUUGUUGAACGAGGAGAGAAACUGGAAGAUCUGCAAGAUAAAUCGGAGGAUCUGGUUGAUAGUGCUGCAGCAUUUAGAACACAAGCAAGACGAAUACAGAGACAGAUGUGGUGGAAGAGAUGUCGGAUGAGGCUGAUAUUGGCUGCAAUUGUUGCUGCAAUAAUCCUCAUUAUUGUUGUUCCUAUUGUAGUCAAGCAGCUCAGAUCAUCAAAGUGAAAAGUGUGUGUAUGUGGAAGGACACGAUAAGCUUUACUUUCUACAACAGAGUGACAAUAAAUCAUUAAUUAUUAUUAUGAUAUUGGCAUCAAUUGGUGUCGGUUGUUGUAAUAAAGUGGAGGGUUGUUCA